CUCUCUCUCUCGCUCUCUCUCUCUCUUGCAGCUCAGCCAAAUCCACCCAAAAUCCACGAGGGAUGGUGGGCAUACAAAGAAGUGGUUCAGGGGAGCUUUGUUCCAGUGCCAUCCUUCUGGGGUCUGGUCAACUCGGCCUGGAACUUGUGUUCUGUGGGGAAGAGACAGUCUCCAGUCAAUAUAGAAACCAGUCACAUGAUUUUUGAUCCUUUUCUGACCCCCCUGAGACUGAACACCGGCGGCCGGAAGGUGGGAGGGACUAUGUAUAACACCGGCCGUCACGUCUCCCUCCGAUUGGACAAAGAGCAUUUGGUGAACAUCUCUGGUGGACCACUGACGUAUAGCCACAGGCUGGAAGAGAUCAGGUUACACUUUGGGAGUGAGGAUGGCCAAGGCUCAGAACACCUCCUGAACGGCCAGGCCUUCUCUGGAGAGGUUCAGCUCAUUCAUUACAAUCACGAACUCUACACCAACUACACAGAAGCAGCCAAGAGCCCAAACGGACUGGUCAUCGUCUCCAUAUUUAUGAAGAUAUCUGAAACUUCAAAUUCCUUUCUAAAUCGAAUGCUGAACAGAGAUACCAUCACCAGAAUAACAUAUAAGAAUGAUGCUUAUUUACUGACGGGGCUGAACAUUGAGGAGGUUUACCCUGAGACCUCCAGUUUUAUCACGUACGAGGGCUCCAUGACCAUCCCUCCGUGCUUUGAGACUGCCACGUGGAUCCUCAUGAACAAGCCAGUAUACGUCACACGCAUGCAGAUGCACUCUAUGCGGUUACUCAGUCAGAACCAGCCGUCUCAGAUUUUCCUCAGUAUGAGCGAUAAUGUGCGUCCAGUCCAGCCGCUCAACAACCGCUGCAUCCGCACCAACAUCAACUUCAGCAUGCAGGGGAAAGACUGUCCCAACAACAGAGCACAGAAACUCCAGUACCGAGUGAACGAGUGGCUGCUAAAAUAG